AUGCCUGUUCCAAGUUACGGUGCCCUUCCUCUCAGCGAGACUUUCCUCUGCAUCAGAGGGCUGAGUCUGGUUGCCAUGGUCGGUAUUGUCGGUCUGACCGCAAAUUUCGUGGCUGCAAUCAACAGUGUUGGCAUCGAGCCUCCGAAAGAGAUCGUCGGAACUUUGAGCAUUGUAUGUGUUCCUUGGAAUUCGUGUAGCCUGAUCAACACUAACUCGCAUGCUAGNACUUGCAUCGCAACCCUAUACACUCUGAUCAGCAUUCCGUUCUACAUGGCUCAGGCCAACCUAGGCUUGUUCAUCAUGACUGCCAUUGACGGUCUUCUUCUCCUUGCUUUCAUCGUCGUCUCAGUCACUCUCGGUAAACCGCUCAGUCUGCUCAACUGUUUCGCUAUUGCCAAUGCCGAUGCCAAGGUCGAUGCAGCAGGCGCCGCAUACUGGUUGCAGAGUCUGGUGCAAAACGUCAAGCAGGGCGAAAACAUCGGAUUGUACGUCUGGGCUGGUUCGACCAGAGUCAACUGUCUUGAAACCAAGGCCAUUUGGGGGUUGUGCAUUGCGCUUUGCAUCUUAUUCUCAUGCUCCUGCGUCUUGUUGCCAACUUUGUGGUUCAAGAGCAAGAGAGCCGGUCUGCUACCCAGAAAGAUCGAAGCGGCCUGA